UUAUGCCAUCAUGCAGCACUAUGGAGUGAAUGGCUACUCUCUUCAUGCCAUGAAUUCUCUGAGUGCCAUGUAUAACCUUCACCAACAAGCAGCACAGCAAGCUCAGCAUGCCCCUGACUACCGACCUUCUGUGCAUGCCCUCACGCUGGCAGAGAGACUGGCUGACAUCAUUUUGGAGGCCCGCUAUGGCUCUCAGCAUCGCAAACAAAGGAGGAGCCGCACAGCCUUCACAGCUCAACAACUGGAAGCUCUGGAGAAAACUUUCCAGAAGACCCACUAUCCAGAUGUGGUGAUGAGGGAAAGACUGGCAAUGUGUACCAAUCUGCCGGAAGCCAGAGUACAGGUUUGGUUUAAAAACCGAAGAGCUAAGUUCCGGAAGAAGCAGCGCAGCCUACAAAAGGAGCAGCUACAGAAACAGAAAGAUUCUGAAGUCAACCACAGCGAUAGCAAAGCAGAUGCUUCCGUAUUAGAAACACAGACUCCAACUCCCGAGGCAGACAAAUCUCUCAGCCUGCCAAGUGAGGUGACUACUGAACUCAACCUGACUCUGUCGGAGCAGUCGGCAAGUGAAUCAGCAGCAGAGGACCAGACAGACCGGGAGGAAGAGUUCAAGAUCUCGUUGGAGGAGAACAAAGCAGACAAGAGCCCAGGAGCUGAAAACAAGACUCUGAACAGCAAGAGGGCAAGCCCCAAAGCAGAUUCCCCUGUCAGUGUCACAGCCACACCAUCUUCCAGCAGCAGUAUGUCUCAGACUCACUCCUAUUCUUCAUCGCCCCUCAGCCUCUUCCGCCUGCAAGAGCAAUUUCGUCAACACAUGGCAGCCACAAACAACUUGGUCCAUUACUCCUCCUUUGAAAUGGGGAACCCUUCAUCCAUGCCUUAUUUGGGCAUGAAUGUCAACAUGGCACCCCUAAGCUCCCUGCACUGCCAGUCUUACUACCAGUCACUCUCCCAUGCUCAGCAAGUGUGGUCCUCUCCAAUCCUGCAGGCUUCCUCCUCUCUUCCAAGCCUGAACAGUAAAACAACCAGCAUUGAGAACCUACGGCUGCGGGCCAAGCAACACGCUGCCUCUCUGGGACUGGACACUUUACCAAACUGAGUACCAGGCCAGAAAUGUGUAAGAGCCCAACCAAUGGAUGACCACAACACAAUGCGCCAUGUCUUUACCUUGUGA